UGAGGAAACACUGCACUGCUUCUCACCCUCCACUUUUUAUCUUCUGCUUCUGGCUCUGCUCACUAGCAUGCGACAGAUCUGACGUCUCCUCGACAGCCUCUUCCUGCUCAGUCCUCACCUCCUACCUGCCGUGACUCAACGUUCUGGAUGGAGAGCUACUCCUUCCUCUACAGCUCUGCCCAAAGAACCAAGCUCCUCUCUGGCUUCCAACGGCUGCGCUGCGAGGGAAAGAUGUGCGAUGUGCUUUUGGAAAGCGAAGGCGUCUCGUUCCCGUGUCACCGCGCUCUGCUGGCCAGCUCCAGCGAUUACUUCUGGGCCCUAUUUGGAGACGCGACUGCAGAGAGAUGGGCCGCCUCCGUCAGCCUUCCUGCUGUCACGCCAGAGGGUUUAGGGGCAGUUCUGGACUUUCUUUAUUCCGGGUGGCUGCGGAUUUCCUCCAGCUCUCUUCCUGACGUCCUGGAGGCCGCUCGCUACCUGCAGGUGGAGCCAGCUGUCUCCAUAUGUGAGCGAUUCAUCAUCGACGGGUUGACCUCGAGCACCUGCUGCUGCUACGCUAACCUGGCCGGACACCACGCCCUCUCCGACGCAUUUGAAGCUGCCAACCAAACCAUCGCUAUGGAGAUGAGCCACUUGCUACAAGAAAACAGAGCGUACCUACUCGGACUAAACAUGGAGUCCAUGAUGGCGUUGCUUGACGCGGAUGAAAUACCUGCAGUCAAAGAGGUGGAGCUUAUGAAGUUGGCUCUCGAUUGGCUGAGUGAGAACGGGCCCCUCCCACUGCUGAAAUCAAACCUUCUGCUUAGUCGCCUGCGCUUCGGAUUGGUGGAUCCAAGUGUGCUUCAUGGUCUUAGCCACAAGGCAAUGUCCACUCCGCUAAUACGCAGCCAGCUGACCAAGGCGCUAGAGUACCACAGGAUGGGAAGAGCUCAGCCGGUCAGACAGAACAGACAGACGACCAUCAGAGCGUCACCUCACCGGGUCCUUCUAGUCGGGGGUAGGUCCGGCCCGGAUGGUCCAGAGCAAGACAUGCUGUCAUUCGACCCCAGAAACCGGAAGUUUACGUGUCUCAGCGCGAAGGUUCCCUUAAGGCUGAGGGAUCACUGCGUCUGCUCUGUGGGCGGCUUCUUGUUCGUGGUGGGGGGCGACGUGGUCAGAGAAGGAAACGACGACGGAAAGUCGCUCGUGAUGGACACGUCUGCUCAGGUGUGGCGGUACGAUCCUCGCUUUGACCACUGGGAGCAGGUGGAGUCCAUGUUGGAGCGCCGAGCGCAGUUCAGUUGCUGCGUGGUCCAGGACGUCAUCUACGUGAUGGGAGGUCGGCAAACCCAAGCGGAGACUCGCGUCUCGCUAUCCUCGGUGGAGCAGUAUGACAUGACGUUGGGAGCGUGGCGGCGAGGGGCGCCUCUGCCUUAUCACCUUCAUGGUCACGCUUCAACUGUGCUCAACGACAGCAUCUACCUGUCAGGUGGCCUCCAGGGACACCGCACCAACGUCGCCAUCCGACACGGGGAAGACGGAGUCAGCAGCAAAGACUUGCUGCAGUGGAAUCUGCAAAGUCGAGCCUGGGACAAGAGGGCGUCCAUGUCCAUCGGCAGGUUCGGCCAUCGCUUGGUCAGCGUGGCCGGCUCCAUCUUCGCCCUGCUGGGCAUGUACGAACCCUUCUGUGACAUUGAACGCUACCAUUCAGAAGCAGAUCAGUGGACUCGCCUCAGGCCGCUCCUCAACGGAUCGUUUAGCUACGGGAUGGUGCCAACAAGCGCCGGCAGCAUUCUGGUAUUUGGAGGGAGGCGGUGGAGUGAAGGGCAGGAGGUGAUAGUCAGGAGCGUGCUGGAAUAUGAUCCCAAGAAAGACCAGUGGAAAGAAAUCUGUCAGCUGCCCAGACCUCUCACGGGGACCGAGUGCACUUUGCUGCCCCUCCCCGACUAAAACCAACUCUGUAUUUAGGGUCUCACUUUCAAGUGGGUGUGAAAGAGUGAGCGCUAAUUUUACAAGACUAAGUGGCGCUAAGUGAUUCCCUCCGUUCACUGUUGUCGGAGACAAACAUUACUUACAUUAGUCACGUAGCUUUAGGCUCAAAGCAGAUGAAUGGAGGAAGAAACUAUCACAAACACCAUUAAAAGUCAUGUUGCUUUCGCACGAAAACAAGCCGACUGGCAAAGAAAGAGG